UUUUUUUUCCAAUAAAAUCUAGCAAAAUGACUGCUGAAUAACUGUAACUUUCAAUUUCAAUAUAAACGUGUAUUCUUCUUCUCUAAAGAAAAUAAAAAUCAGGGAUUUUUUCUCAAAACGGAAAGAAGUUUGCAAUAAUAACUUCAACUGGAUUAGCACCAUUAGCACUCACACAUUCAAAUUGAUCAUGUGUAGUCAUGUGUUAUGUCAGGUCAGACUCGUUCAGGCUUGCUCAGCCUCUGCUUAGUGGGUAUGGGUUACGUGUUGGGUGUGUGAAUCAGAGUGAAUGCGUGAAAGGUGCUUGACGUUUUGUUGAUAGGAAUUUCCAGAGCUGAUUUCAGUCUGUGAUUCACACUCCUGCAAAAAGGCUUCAGGAAUUCAAGAAACUUUGAGAGCAAAAGCAGUGUGGCAGUUUCAAAAACUGUUAAGUAAACUCUCCGAGGGUUAACAUUCAUCCGGUCAGUAAAAUAAAAAAAGCAGAAAAUGUCGCUAUAUCCUUCCUUGGAGGAUAUGAAAGUGGACCAGCUGAUGAAGGCUCAGCUGCAGGCUGAAUCACAGUAUCCAACUGUUCCAUCAAUUACUUCUAUGCCUGUAGCUCAUCCCGCAGCUCCUUCAGCUCCACCAUUAAUAUCUCCUGGUCAGGAUGCUGCAGGACCCCUCUACCCAUUUUUGGGUGAAUAUAUGGGACUUGAGAUAAGUGAAGAUGCAAUUGCUCAAAACAUGCCUGAAUACGCUAUCGCCAAUCGCGAAGCUAUGGAAAUUGCUGUCCCAGCACAAAGUGGCCCACUUGCGGGAAUGACAGCUCCAGUUUCUGGAAAAUCUCUCGCUUUGCAGAAAGCUCACGUUACAAAUGGAAUCAGAGAGUUGACCCUCUGUAAGGACCAAAGCGGCAAGAUUGGAAUUCGUGUCCACUCUGUGAACAACGGAAUUUUUGUCUGCCUGGUAACAAAAGGUUCUCCCGCUGCUAUGGUUGGUUUGAGAUUUGGCGACCAGAUUUUAGACAUCAAUGGUGAAUCUGUCGCCGGAUAUUCCAUGGAUCAAGUUCACAAGAUUUUUCGCAAUUCUCCAGUAAGCGGAAUCAAAGUUGUCGUUCGUGACAGGCCUUUCGAGCGCACUGUUACAAUGCACAAGGAUAGUUCAGGUCACAUUGGAUUCCAGUUCAAAAACGGAAAAAUAAUUGCCCUGGUUAAAGAUUCUUCAGCUUCGAGAAACGGACUUCUCACGGACCACCAGAUUCUCGAAAUCAACGGCAAGAAUGUGGUUGGCUUGAAAGAUAAAGAAGUAACAGCCGAGAUCGACACUGCAGGAGACAUCGUCACAGUCACAGUGAUUCCUUCUUUCAUUUAUGACCACAUGAUCAAAAAAAUGUCUGGCAGUCUUCUGAAGAACAUAAUGGACCAUUCCGACCCAAUGCUAUAAAUACAAAAAGGCAUAAAACCGUUCUUUUACUCUCGCUUAGAAGACACUGAUAAAAAUAAAGCCGAGUCUAAAGUUUCUAAGUAGAAUUAAGUUAUUAAAAAUUCUAUUUUCAAACAAUUAUAAGUCUGACAUGCAAAAUAAUUUUCAUCAGUAUCUAAGAGUAAAACAUUACAGGGAAAUCAUUUCGAAACGCUUAAUUUUGCUGUUAUUAGAUCAAGAAAAUUCAUCUUUAAGCACAAGCUUACAAAACUUGAUGCAUAAUUUUAAACUCUUUGUGAUUAAACACAAAUUUUGGCUCUAUACACGCAUAACUGAUAGCUUCUUUUUUCAAUCGGGAGAAUGGAUAUUUAAACAUUAAAUGUGGAUUAAAUAUUAGAGAAAUAGUAGCUGUGUAGGGACAAGAAUGAUAUAUGAAUCUUGCUCUUUGAAAUUCUACGUAUUCUUCACGAUGCUGACUGGGCUGAAGACCUUCGUCUUGAGAUAAAGUUAACGCUGCUCUAAAUUAUAAGCCAUAUGACUAAAUAAAAAAUAAGUUUUUUUAUUGUUAUUCGUUGUUCUUUCAGAACGAAAGUCGUGUGGAGAAAUGAAAGCCAAGUUAAAAUUACUUGCCAAAAUCAAAACCAAAAAUGCCUUCCAUUUUCGUUGCAACGCUUAGACUUUAUUUUAGUAUUAAAAACACUUUUGAAUUUGCCCUCCAGGUAUAUCACACACGAUUUAAAUGAACUCCUUUUCAUGAAUCAGAAUCAGAAUUUAGAAUAGAACAUGCACAACCCUAUUUUAGUGUGCAAUUUAUUUUCACGAAUAUUCCAAGUGCCAACUGAGGUUCUAGUUAUUUUAUAAUUUGAGAUAAUUCAUCUACUCCUGAGUGUGUGCAAUCUUUUUUAUAGGAUGUAAGAUUUUUUUUAGAAAUUAUAAUAAUUCGUACUAUAAUUUACUAUGCGAAAGAAAUUAUGUGAUGUCUCUUUAAUUCGAAAUAAUGUAACUUGCCCUUCUACUGUUAUAUUUGUCCCGUAAAACUUUGAGUCUGAUAGAAUAGUACAGUUGAGAGUGUCAUGUUAUAUUCUAUCUACAAACUACGAUGUCAAUAUUUUCCGUAAUUGUACAUUUCAUAUAGUAUAUGGACAAAUCAUUAUCAUAAUUGGAAAAGACACACAUCUAGAAAUACAGUGAAAAUGUUUCCUAUUAGUUUAAUCUGUUACUGCUGAUUGUGCCACAAUUUUUAUAGAAGAAACAAAUAUUUACGUGAAUGUAUGAGAAGAUUAUAAGAGACGUUAGAAAUAAAGAUAUGUAAUUCACAAGAUCAUUAGUUCUCGUGUGAAUUCAAUAAAUAUAAAUUUAUAUCGGCAU